GGUACCCCCAGCUUUUUUUCCGCCAGAGCUGUUUCCGUUCCUCUGCCCGCCAUGCCGUUCCUAGAGCUGGACACGAAUUUGCCCGCCAACCGAGUGCCCGCGGGGCUGGAGAAACGACUCUGCGCCGCCGCUGCCUCCAUCCUGGGCAAACCUGCGGACCGCGUGAACGUGACGGUACGGCCGGGCCUGGCCAUGGCGCUGAGCGGGUCCACCGAGCCCUGCGCGCAGCUGUCCAUCUCCUCCAUCGGCGUAGUGGGCACCGCCGAGGACAACCGCAGCCACAGCGCCCACUUCUUUGAGUUUCUCACCAAGGAGCUAGCCCUGGGCCAGGACCGGCCUGCAGAUGGGUGUGGAGAGCAGAGCCUCCAGGCUGAGUCUUCCAGCCCCAGAUCUGAGCAGUCUAAACAUCAGACAGCAGCCCUGAAGAUGGAAAUCAUCCCCCUCCAGGUUCCCUACGGUCUUAUCCACCAGCCCUGCUGCCCAUGGUGGCCCCAGAUGCCCAGGAGAGAUAAUAGAAGAUGCGGAAUCCAGUGACACAGGGGGCUGACUGUAUUAUUCCUCUGUGGCUUGAGGGAGGACCCAGCAGGAUCAGCCAUUCCUCAUCGACCUUCAUGGACUAACAAAGGCUCCAUUUCAGAAGGUCUUUUUUUGUGAGCCAAGGUCUCACUGUCACACAGGAUGGAGUGCAAUGCGCAAUCAUAGCUCACUGCAGCCUCAACCUCCUGGGCUGAAACCAUCCUCCCACUUCAGCCUGCCAACUAAGUGAGACUACAUGUGCACACCACCAUGUCCGGUUAAUUUUUAAAAUUAAAAAUUUUAAAAUUGGG